UGCUGCAGAGAUGGUGCAAGCAACUCCCUUGCUCCUCGUGCUCUUCCUGGCCCUGGGGGCUCAGGGCCUCCAAGCUACAGAGCAGUGUAAGCUGACUGGACACUGGCAGAAUGACCUGGGCUCCAACAUGACCAUUUAUGAAGUAAAGGAAAAUGGUGACUUCACUGGCAAGUACCUCACAGCUGUGGCAGUCUCCCCAUUAAAGAUUGUGGAAUCACCUCUGCUGGGGUCCCAGCAGCUCCCAUAUCGGACCCAGCCCACCUUUGGUUUCACUGUCCACUGGAACUUUUCAGACUCCAUCACUGUUUUCACGGGCCAGUGCUUUGUGGAUAAGGACCGAAAGGAGGUUUUGAAGACCAUGUGGCUGCUGAGGUUACACUCAGAGAAACUUGCAGACGACUGGAAAGCCACCUUGGUUGGCUACAACAUAUUCUGGAGGAAGAAGGAGCUCAUGGAUUGAGGGCUGGUAGCAUUGGAACUCCCAGAAAAGAGGCAAUGCCAAGUUGCAGCCCUUCCUCCUGCUUCAGCAUCUCCUUCAGCACCUGCUUCAGCAUCUCCUUCAGCACCUGCUUCAGCACCUUCAGCAACUUUAUUCUCCCAAUAAAGCUUUUCUGCAAACA